GGGGAGGCCGCGGCGGCGGCGGCGGCGGCGGCAGACAUGGACUCGCACUGCGACUGUGCCGAGCCUCCGGCCGCCGAGCAGCCGUCGGGGAGGAUUAACAAAACCGCCUUCAAACUGUUCAAGAGGAGGAAAUCCGGGGGCACCAUGCCGAGCAUCUUCGGGGUGAGGAGCAAAGGCGGGGAGGGGAAGGCGGCCGGCAAAGCGGGGAUGGUGCGGAGCCGGACGCACGACGGCUUGGCCGACGCCGUGCUGGAGAGCGGCAAGAAGGAGGAACCGGGCGGCGGCGACCCGCAGAGCAAGGAGGCGCAGGGCCGGCCGGCCGGCAGCCUCGGCGUCUCCCCCGGCGGCUCCGUGGCCAAGUCGCACAGCUUCUUCUCCCUGCUGAGGAAGAACGGCAGGCCGGAGAACGGCAAGGCGGAGGGCGCGGAUCAGCGGGCUGGCGGCAGACAAAAGAAGGGGCUCAAAGGGAUCUUCAGCAGCAUGCGGUGGCAUAAAAAGGACAAAAACGGCAAGGAGGAGAGGGGGGAAACCUCGGAGAUCCAGGCCGGUCUUAUUAUGCCGGGGUCUUUGACUGCCAGCCUGGAGUGCAUCAAAGAGGAGACGCCGAAACCUUUGUCUGAAACUCCGAACGGCGCAGGAGACACCGGGCUGGAGCCGCCGCGGGAGACGCGCGGCAGCGAGGCGCAGGCCUCGGCCGAGGAGCCCGGAGCGGGAAGUGGGGAGUGGCGGGACGGCGGCCCCCCGAGCCCCGGGGAGGACCCUGCCGCCGCAGGAAGGCGACCCGAGGAGCUGUGCCGCGAGCGACCGGACCCGGCCGCCGGAGAGGUUGGGACUGCGAAGGAUGCGGCCAUAACAGGCUGCGGAGAUAUUAUUGCGGACCAUGAGGAGGAUGUGGGCGGCGGGAGUGGCGGCUGCGAGAAGAGCACCCCCGGGGCCGGCAAGCUGGGUGCCUCCAAGAAGCACCCCACCAUGCUGGCCUACCAGGGAGGCGGGGAGGAGAUGGCCAGCCCGGACCAGGUGGAUGACACCUACUUGCAGGAGUUCUGGGAUAUGCUGUCGCAGACAGAGGAGACCCAGACAGAAGGAGGAGGAGGUGGAGGAGGGACAAAGAAGCUCGAGGGGUUGAAGGAGAACCGAGGUACUGAAGGUGCCCAGAACAGGGUGGCAGUGAAACGUGGUGGCCUCCACCAGAUCCCCAUUCACCUCAACCACAAAGAGGAGCAGAAGGCCAGGGAGAAGGAGCAGCCCGAAGGUGUCCCAAACAGUGAUGAGGGCUACUGGGAUUCCACCACCCCUGGUCCCGAGGAAGAUGGUUCCACAAGCAUCCAGAAAGAGACCAUUCCCAGGGACAGCUACAGUGGAGAUGCUCUCUACGACCUCUAUGCCGAGCCGGAUGAGAACCCACCAGCGGGGCCUAUGGAAGAAGAGGUCACCUGUGUGCCACGCUCCAAGCCCGUGUCUCCAAUAACGACCACAUGCUCACUGAAAACACCCUCAAGCAUGGUGAAGGACUCCAAGAUCCCCAUCAGCAUUAAACACCUUUCAUCGCAUCCUGCCAGCCAUGGAGCAGAUGCGAGUAACAGCCAUCAUGUCGCACACCAUCACCUGGCCAAAAGUGAGAUGCACAGAACAAAAAUCCCCGUCUCUAAAGUACUGGUACGCCGGAUCAGUAACAGGGGCUUAGCAGGGACAACAGUGAAAGCUGCCACGUACCAGGACAGUGCCAAAAAGUAGUUGAAUAAGAGGUGGAGACAAAGACGGACAGCAAGGUUGGUGUGUGGAAGACUGCGUAGGAGACCACAAAUAAUGAAUUAGUUUUGCAUUACCUGAAGAAAGGCACCUAAAAGGCUUACUUCACUGUACUCCAUGGGUCUGCACUUCUGAAUCCCUUCUUACUAGACUGUAUGGCUGAAUAUAAAAAGUCAACUUCUUUUUGAGCACUUUUUUUACAUUUGUAUCUUUUUUCUGUAGCACUGAACACUGGGGAGGUUCAUUUUUACAUGCCUUUUCGGAAGCAGGACUUGGAUUAUGAACCUAAAUGAGCAUCAUUCCUCAGGCAAAGCAGUGCCAUGAGUUCUUCAAGGGAACCGCGUUAGAAAAGGAUCGACAUGAGAGGUUCUCCAAUACACUUACCUUCUAAUAAUUUCUGGGGGAGGAGUGGAGGGUGGGUGCCUGGCUCCAAAAAUGUUGUUUGCUCUACAAGAUGUUGGCAAAAAUGCCAAGCAAAAAACAACCAACCUAACAGGUAUUUUACCUGCUGUAGGAACGGGAGCACUGCUCAGCAGCAGACUUGAUUGACUUGUGUGCAGUAGCUAACUAAGGAGUUAGGUGGACUUGUCUAACAGGAAAACAUAUUUUUGUUUGUCUGUCUGGUUGGUUUUGAUCUGGUCUAAUGUAAAUGGCUAACAGAGACACCUGACAUAGGUUCAGAUGUUUACAUCAAUACUUGUCCGAUAAUGCAUACAAUCAGGUUCAGGGAAACAUUUUACUAAAUGCCAAUAUAGACACACUGUUCACAUUUAUACAAUAACUUGUUCGCCAUGUGUAAAUAUAUACAUAUUUUAGCAGAUUUACUCGAUGCUACAGAUUUUUUAUAAAAAAAAAAUCACUCGUCUGUAUUAUCUAGAGUUUAAGCAAGAGUUAGUUUUUAUAGGUAGAUAAUUUUACAGUUCUAAAAUGAUAGAACUUUGAGUAAGUACCUUAAUUUAGAGCAAAACUCUGUUUUGUAUGGGCUCAUGCAUCCCCAGAUAAGUAAUUCUGAAGUGCUGAUUUUGUUCCAGUGGCACAUUCCGUGUCUCAGAGCUGAGGUUCUGACAGCAUUGCCACUGCAAACCUCUAUUUUCAGGGGUUUGGACAAAGUUGCUCUGGGCUUAAACCUUACAGAGAAGGAACCCAGGAAAGAAACAUGGUUUUUAAUUAUUAUUUUUAAAAAUAUAUAAAAUUAGUUUUUGACUAUUUAAAGAAAGUUUGGGUUCUUGUUGCUUUUUAUUUUCAUUCUUAAUAACGUCAGAAUAAUUUUACUUUAAGAGAGAAAAGAAAAUAUGGUAAGCUAGUGGUACAUAAUAUGGUCUGAUGAACUUGGCUCUUAUGAGAAAUGUAUUAAUGGCCUGGACAUUUUUGAAUAGUGGCUACUGUACAUGGGCAUUGACAACAUUUCAAAGAAAUUUAAUAGGGUUUUAAUGUGCCUGAGGACAUAUUUUUAUGAUACACUGAAAAAGCUCCAAAAAUCACUGAAGUCUAAAGGUAAAUAUUAUGUAUUUACAAAAUAUUUUGGUAUAAGUAUUUAAUCAUCAGACCACAGUUAAUAUAAAAUAUAUGCUCCAGUGUAUCUGAAUAAUAAUAUACAUUUUAAAAAUAUACCUGUCUAUAUUAUGCAGAGAAUCCUAAAUUCACAUCACUGAAGCUAAUGGGUCUGAUCUUACAUAGCAGUUGGUUUUAUUGUCUCUUAAAUGGAAAGAAAAAAAGGAAAAUAAAUAUACAGAAUAUACAUUUGAAGGAUAUUAAGGUUAUAGAUAAACCGUAAAAAGCCAGGAAAUACAAUAAUAAGAAUUGUAUAUAUGUGUACUUGUGGUUCACUGGGGAAAUGACCUUGUAGUCACAAGGGUAAAAUUGGCACCUAGUUCUGAAAUUACUGCAGGAUUUAAUACUGACCUGCAAUGCCCCCCUGAAUAGGGAGAAAGUGUUAGUUUUCCCGAUCAGUCCCUGUUUUCAUGGUUUUAGUAAGAACCUUAAUACGCUUCAAAGAGGAUUAUUUUAUGUGUUUUCUUUCUAACGUAUACGUGUGUGGUUUUCUACAUGCCUCCUCACACAGAUGUGUUGUACAUAUGCAUGUGUAGUCAGAACGCACCUCCUCCUAGAGAACAUGCACGCAGGUGAAUGUGCACACCCGUGCACACUCGCACCCACGCAAACAUGGCCAUGCGUGCGCGCUCCCACGCACAGACUGAAGGGUUGUGCUGUAAAUCUGUCUCCAGACACGCUGGCAGUAAUUUUCUUUGCCUGAGAAAGGGAUUUGCAUUUGGCCUGACUCUGCUUGUGCAUUUUAGAAAGUUCAAGCUGGAAUAUCCUCAAAAGACUGAAUGUACGGAACAUGGAAUACUGUCCUGGCCCUCAGCCCUAAACCUACCAUUCCUCUUUCUGUUCUUUUGGUUUUGUCUGACUGUAAGGGACACGUCUUUCCUUGCAUGACAACUCUGCAGAAAAAUCAUAAUUCCCCAUUUUGUUUUCAAGACAAAUUGUGCAGAGAGAUUCUAUAGGGUACUGGAAGUUGAGAGGGAGGGAGGAUGUGGUGAGCUUGGGGUAGUACCAUAAAAACUGGAAUCACUGAGUACAGGUAGUAGGAAUGGUGCAUCUUUAAAACCACUAGAAGAUAUCAGCUACCAUCUUUACAGAACUUGUGUGUGGCAAAUUAUUCAUCCUAUGCGUUUUGUUUGCAUUGUGGCAUGUCUGUACCAUUGUCGAGAAACCAAUAGUGACACUAGACUAGCUCCCGGUCACAUAAUGACUAACACGAAUCAUCAUUAAAAUGCUUUGGCUUCCCUUCAUUUUUCUCUCUCUCCUUUGUUUUCUGCCCCGUUUUCCCUCCGUCCUCUGCAUGCUGGUGGGCGGCUUCCUCCUCAGUGCUAACCCCCGGUGUGGAGCGGGGAGCCCUGGGCUGGCAGCUGAGCACGGGGUGGGAGGGCGGCUGCGCUGCCUGCUGAGGCCAGGUGCUCCCCAGUCGCUCUCUCAAGCUUUCUAUUGCAUACCCAGUGUAAGUACAUUUUGCAAAUCUCGUGGCGGUUCGUUUGGCUGCUUGCUAUGUACAUAUUUUAAGGACAAUCAUAUCCUUAAAAGGAAAAUCGGAAAGUAGCUUGUUGUAGGGCGUCAGUAUUUUGAAUCGUUGUGACAUACUGACGUUGAUUCAGGGUAAUGGUUGUGUGAGAGUAAAAAUACAAUUUAAUGCUCAAAUUAACUUUGUAUUUAUAAAAGUCGCUUUUGUCUUUAAGCCAUCUAUGUUUUUUAUUUCAAAAGGUAAUAGAAAAUUUAAUAUUUACUAGGGCUUUCAAUUUUCAUAGAAAUAUAUUUGUGUAACUCCACACAAUGCCUAAAACAAUCAUUGGAAGGCGGUUCAAAGGCUUUCUUUAGACCUGUAUUUAAUUCCUGAAAGAUCCCUGUAAAAUACUGUGAGAUGCCUAAGAGCAAACAGUUAAUGGCUCGCUGGAUUUAAAGGCUGAGACGUACAGAUGUAAUAGUCCUGAGGCAUUCUGUGGUGGUUUGCAUUCUUAUUUAUGUCACCUGUUCAAGCAUAUUUUUUCCUUUGCUUUGGUAGGUAUCAAGGUAGAAAUGGUGUUCUGAGUCCCAAAGAUAACAUUCCCAAUGCUGUUGUUGUUUUGAUUUUCUUAAAGAAUACUUUUCUUUAUUUCUUUUAUUUGCUAUUUUGUGGUCUGAAUGAUGCUUUGUAAUUAUCAGCUUGUAUGUCAUUCAUAAACGAUUUUAUAGAUCAGGACUUGGCAUUUAGUUAUAUGUACUCUUCGCACUUUCAGGUCACUACUGGUAAAUUUUUGUAUGUUCUUAGGGUAUUUCUAUAUAUUGCAUAGUGUUUUAUAGCUAUCUACAGUGAUUUCAGUGGUAUACAUUCCUGUCCUAUAUAUCAGCACAAAAGAUUUCCUUUCAGUAGCAUGAAAUGAUGUUUUUGUGGACUUCUUUUGUCAUGAUAGGAAUUAAGUUUCCUGUACUAUAUGUGUGGCCUGCAACAGACAUAAAGGGUCUUAUUUUCCCUGUAGUGUGUAUGCAUUUUGCUCUUGCCAGUAAUAGGACUCAAACACAUGUAAUAGAUUUCAGAAGAAAUUACAUGACUAGAAUGAGAAAAAAAAUCUAUGUUCAGUCUUAGUCCAUCAAUCACCAGCAUUUUCUUCAUCCACUGUGAAUAUCCUCACCGCCAUUCAGGGUAGUAGAGGACUGAAUUUUAAAAAUUCCAUGCAUAGACGUACACUAUGAAAAUUAAUUUACUGAUUAUUUUUUAAUGAAUCUUACUAAAUUAUUUAUCUAAGCUAAGGGAAUAUUGCACCAAAGUCUUCAAAAUGUCUGAUACAGAUGGCAUUUUCAGUGAGAUGCUAUACGUGCAGAUGAGCCAAAUUAACGGGCUUUGCUUAGCAAAGCAAAACCUACUUGUUUCUUAAAUUUGUAGUACUGACUGAGCUUGCAGAUCAAAGGGAGCCAUUGAUUCUGCUACAUGGCCUGUGCUCAGAGGGUUUUUUUUGCCCUGCUCUAAUGGACUACUUUCAGAAAAGGCUUUUCAGCAAGAUAAUGGUAUGAAAGAGACAGUUCACAGUAACAAUAGCCACUUACAAGGCAGAUGGUUAUCUAACAGCCAUAAUGGGAGACUCUAAGCAAGGUGGCCUGAAAAUGUAUUUUCAUAGUUACUGAUAUGAAAGGCUGAGGCUUCUGUCUUGGAAAAACAAAUUGACACCGACUCAAAAGAUGCUGCAGAAAUGAGUCUUGGCAGAGUUUACACGUGACAGCUUCUGCGGGGCGGG